AUGUUUCUGGCAAGCUGGUUGCCACUUCUUGUGGAAGGAAGGCUGGAUGUUCCUGGUUUUUUCGACUGCACGGAGGCUGCAGGUUUCAGCCCUGUUUGGGAAGGAUUUCGAAGGCGUGCUACCAUCAAUGCAGCCCUCGGCUGGCCCCUGGACCCGGAGCUGGCGGUUGCCACAGCUCAAUUGCUGGAGCAAUUUGAUGAUGUUAGCACAGGACGCUCAUGGAUUCACCCAGCUGGUGCAGUUUGGGAGUCCUUCCGAACAGCUCAAAACCGAAGAGAUCCUUUGAUAUCUCCAGAGCUUCAGGUCCUUCCACGUGGGCCCUCUGGGGGUUUUAUUCUUGAAAACCAACGUGGAGCAGAGCGCGGCCACAUAUGUUUGUAUGGACUUGCCACGGCUCUUUUCAUUGCAUACCGGCACGCUGUUCCUACAGGGGCCGAGGAUGCAUUUCGGCACCUUGAGCUCAUUUUGUGGCUGCUGGGAGAGACUGCAGGUGGAGAGCAGUUGUUUGACUUCACCGAGUCAAGCUCGUGGCCGAUUCGGAGCAUUGAUGUCGAGUUGAAUUUGGAAAUGGCCAAAUCUGGCCAUGCCCGCUUCGUUCUCUUCUCCAGAGCCAGAUCUCGUGAAAUGACAUUGAAAACUAUCAGGCCCGCUAUCUUGCAGGCCGGAGAGGGCUGCGAGACCUGGAAUGGUUUGGCAGUCUUUGGCAUACAUGGGGCCACUUCAUUGGAACCUGCCUCGGCAAUUGCGUCAGCCAAUGAGAUUCAGCAAGCAUCUGCAGCUUGCGCUGUGACGUCGAAGCUGAAGGUGCGCUUUUAUGGGCAUCCAUGUCCCAGCUAUUCAAAGACGGGCUAUUUGUGCCAGUGGUCUCGCAGCGUCCCAGCAUUUUCAGAGGGAGUUGCUGAAAAUGAUCCUGUCGCAGAGAUUUUGUCGGACCUGGUGGUGUGGGGCUGCCUGUGGAGCUGGGGCUCAAGGAGUACGCGUUCCACCUGCUGCAGGUUGUUUACGCGGGACAGGACCUUGCCGACCGCCAUGUGGAUCAAGAAUGGGACUUACACCAAAGCCUGGCUCGACUGA